AUGAACAUAUAUUUGGUUGAUGAGAGAAAAUACAAGUGUCGUGACUUUGUGAGGGAACAUAAUCAUGAGCUUCAUACUACACCAACAGUUCAUAUGAUGCGUUCACAGAGGAAUAUGUUAGACAUACAAAGGUAUGAAAUUGAAUUGGCAGAUGACUCGAGGAUCAGGCCUAGAUCCACAGUUGAGUUGAUGGGUAGGCAGGCUGGUGGGAUCGAAAACUUGAGUUGUAUGACUCAAGAUGUUAGGAACUAUCUCCGCACUAAAAGACAGCAUGCCUUAACAUAUGGUGAAGCAGGUAGUUUGAUGAAGUACUUUGUUACCCAAACUAGGAACAACCCAUCUUUCACAUACUCAUUUCAGCUGGAUAGUGAAGAACAAAUAACUAACAUAUUUUGGGCGGAUCCAAAGAUGAUCAUUGACUACACACAAUUUGGAGAUGUAGUCAGCGUUGACACUACAUUUCGCACCAACAAAGACUGUAGGACAUUUGGGUUGUUUGCUAGAUUCAAUCAUCAUAAAGGGUGCACCGUAUUCGGGACCACACUUUUAUUUGAUGAAACAGUGGAAUCUUUCAAAUGGUUGUUUGAAGUAUUCACUGAAGCACAUGGUGGAAAGAAGCCUAUAACUAUCUUCACAGAUCAAGACAAAGCUAUGGCUAAAGCAUUAAAAGAAAUGUGGCCUCAGACAUGGCACGGAUUGUGUAUUUGGCACUUAAUGCCGAAUGGUUUUAAUGGCUGA